CUUCAAAUCCAACGAAGACGACGAUGAGCAACCGCAGCAGCGCCGCCGCCGAGGCCAUCUCGUUCCUGCAUGACCUCCACCGCAUGUGGGGCGCGGGCUCGAUGGACUUUGCGCCGGAAGACCCGGCGUACGUGGCCUUCCUCCGCCAUGUGGCCAUGGUCUGCUUCAGCAUUGGCCUCGUCGCGUUCGCCCUCUUGCUCCUCAUCGUGGCCCGGCGUAUCUUCUUGGCCGCGCCAGCGCGCUUCCGCCGACGUGCGCAUCAUGAGGCUUCGUUUGACGUCAUGGCCGUGGUCUUGCUGGGUAUCACGGCGCUGAGCGCGCUCAGUGGCCUGCUCGCCGAGGCGCAGGUCGACUACAGCGUGCACAAGAUCGCACACAGCAUGAAGAACGUGUCGCACACCUUCCAUGAGAUCCAGGCCGUGACACAAGGCGUCGAGUAUUCGGCCAGCGGCGUCCGAGCGACCGUCGACGACAUGAUUGUGGCGUUCAAUAGCUCGUUGCCGCACGACGCCAACGACCUCGCGAUCGAGGCCUUACGCAUGGACCACGCCGGGCAGGCGCUCUUGGAGCACGGCCGCGCCCUCCCUAGCAACCUCUCGUCCAUGGCGUUCAACUGGGAAGCCGAGUACUUUUGGAUCAAGUCGUCGACGAACGGGAUUAUUUUGACCAUGGCGCUCUCGUGCUUCCUCGCCAUUGCGGCCAUUGGGUGGUCCAUGUCGGGGUCGCUGCGCUUUGCUAUCUUUCUCGUGCUCGUGAUCAUUCCGUCGUCGCAUGCGCUCUUCGGCGUCUACUUGUCCAACUCGAUCGAGGCCGCCGACUACUGCAUUGCGCCAUCGCACAACACGCUCCGCCUCUUCCGCAACGACUCGGGCGUGGCGUACUUUGUCGAGUGUCCGUCGAACGCGACGUUGUACGCGCCGUCGUGGGCGCGAAUGAACGCCAGUCACGACCACGCGCUGGCGCUGGAAGCGACCUUGGCCGACUACGCCAAGACGCUGCCGACGAUGGACCGCGAGAAGCUCCAGAGCAUGUACCUAGACCCGAUUCACGAGCAGUUAAAAGCUCUCUCGACGCUCCGCGCACGCUUCGCGACCGUGUCGGCAUGCACGUCGACCAAGGCGCUGCACACGGACGUUGUCGACUCGUGGUGCACGUACGGUGUCCUCGGCCUCCUCUCGCUCUGGCUCCACCAAGUGGUACUCUGCGUGCUCCUCUUUAUUAGCGCCGUUGCGCUCGUCGCGGUGUACGAGAACGUCCGCGCCAAGGAAGACCGCCUCGAGAUGCAGUACCAUCUUCUCUCGAGCUACGAAGACGAAAACCACGUCGAACACUUGUACAUGACGCCUGAGUAGGUUGCGCGUCGCUAUCUGCAUGUCGUAUAUUUCCAAGUGUUUGCUUC